GUCUUGCACAGGUGUACCGGCUCCUCCCCCUUCAGUCUUGCACAGGUGUACCGGCUCCUCCCCUUCAGUCUUGCACAGGUGUACCGCCUCCUCCCCUUCAGUCUUGCGCAGGUGUACCGGCUCCUCCCCUUCAGUCUUUCCUCUGAUGUCACUGCACACUGGGUGCUUCUCACAAUGUGCUUUAGAAGCUGCAGCCAGUUAGAGCUCCGCCUCAUUUCCUGGCUGGAGGACGUCCAGCAUCAUCUAGCAUUUAACUCCCCAGCCUCGCCGGCCCCACCCCUUUCAGUAUUUCAGUUCUUCCAAUCAGCAUCACAUGUGGGCGUUACCUAUAAAAAUACAGCCAGUCUGGAAACACCUUCUCCUCCAGUCUGGGAACACCCACUCCUCCAUUCUGAUAUUUGCAUAACUCCUCCCACUGCUUGCAUCAGGGCUGAGGGCUCUUGAGAGGAUUACUGAGGCAGGUACAGCUCCUCCCACCAGCCAUGAUCUGCCUGCAUUGCAUAAAGAAGCUCAGAGACCCAGUGAUGACAUCA